GUGCAAAAUAUCUGUUGUUUUUUAAUAGGCGAAAGCUGCAGCCUUUGACAUGGCUACAGCCUCACCAAGAUCUGAUACGAGUAACAAUCAUAAUGGAAGAUUACAGAUGCAAGUAACUGUGUCUAGUGCCAAACUGAAAAGGAAAAAGAACUGGUUUGGAACAGCUAUUUACACAGAAUUAGCUGCAGAUGGAGAAAUCAGGAAAACAGCAAAAUCAAGUAGUUCUUCAAAUCCAAAAUGGGAUGAACAGUUGACUGUGAAUGUGACUCCACAGACUACGCUGGAAUUUAAGGUGUGGAGCCAUCAUACUUUAAAAGCAGAUGCUUUAUUAGGAAAAGCCACUGUAGACUUGAGACAAGCCUUGGAAAUACACAAUAGAAAAUUGGAAAGAGUGAAAGUAUUAUUGAAACUGUCUUUGGAAAACAAGAGUGGCCUGGUGCAAACAGGUGAACUAACAGUUGUGCUUGAUGGUUUGGCAGUUGAAGAAGAAUCUUUUACAAACUGCAGUUCAGCGGCAACCAUAGAAGUCCAACAAAAUGGUGAUGCUGUUCAUGAAACCAGAGAAACUUCAGGAAGAACUACAUCCAGAUCUACCUGUGAUGUUACUAAUGAGACAGACAAUCAAACAUCUUCAAACUCUGUAGUAGAGAAUGCAUUCUGUAUGCAUACUGUUAAUGGAGACAGCACAUCAUCUCCUUCUCAUGUUGCCAGACCCAAAACUACCCCAAAACCACUUACAACCCAGCCUACCAACAACACUGUUAAUGGUGAGUCCUUGUCUGUACCAGAAGCUGAUGAUUCUUCUGCCUCUGAGGCUUUUACAGGUUCUGUAGAAGCCUCCACAUCAACAGAUUGCACUAACACUACUCCAGAAACUUUAUCAACAACAGAAGCAACUAGUUAUUCAGAAAACAACAUGUCUACGACAAUCUCCACUGUCUCUGUUGGACUUGAAACUGUAACUACCACAGACUCUGUAUCCUCAACUGCCAGAAGCAGUACAGCUACAGAAGCGGCAAAACCAAGGGAGUCCUCUUCAGGUGCAUCUGUCGAAUCUGUAAGACAACAGCCUGGUAAUGCCAGUACUGAACCUUUGCCACCAGGAUGGGAACAGAGAAAAGAUCCUCAUGGUAGAACUUAUUAUGUUGAUCACAACACACGAACUACAACUUGGGAAAGACCACAGCCUUUACCUCCAGGCUGGGAAAGAAGGGUUGAUGAUCGUGGAAGAGUUUACUAUGUGGACCAUAACACAAGAACAACAACAUGGCAGAGACCAACAAUGGAAUCAGUCAGGAACUUCGAGCAGUGGCAGUCUCAGCGUAACCAACUGCAGGGAGCUAUGCAACAAUUUAACCAACGAUACCUCUAUUCGGCUUCAAUGCUGACAGCAGAAAAUGAUCCACUUGGGCCUCUACCACCAGGCUGGGAAAGAAGAGUGGAUUCAAAUGAUAGGGUGUAUUUUGUGAAUCACAACACAAAGACCACACAAUGGGAAGACCCUCGAACUCAAGGCUUACAAAAUGAGGACCCUCUUCCUGAAGGCUGGGAAAUCAGAUAUACUAGAGAAGGUGUCAGAUACUUUGUUGAUCAUAAUACAAGAACUACCACCUUCAAUGAUCCUCGUACUGGGAAAUCCUCUGUAAAUAAAGGCCCUCAGAUUGCGUAUGAACGUAGCUUUAGGUGGAAACUUGCUCAUUUCCGUUACUUGUGUCAGUCAAAUGCACUCCCAAGCCAUGUGAAGAUCAAUGUAUCCAGACAGACAUUAUUUGAGGAUUCCUUCCAGCAGAUCAUGGCUUUAAAACCUUAUGACUUAAGGAGGAGAUUGUAUGUUAUAUUCAGAGGAGAAGAAGGAUUGGAUUAUGGUGGUUUGGCAAGAGAAUGGUUUUUCUUGCUUUCCCAUGAAGUACUAAACCCUAUGUACUGUCUAUUUGAAUAUGCUGGCAAGAGCAACUACUGUCUGCAGAUAAACCCAGCAUCAACAAUCAAUCCAGAUCAUCUGUCAUAUUUCUGUUUCAUUGGGCGCUUUAUUGCCAUGGCAUUGUUUCAUGGAAAAUUUAUUGACACUGGUUUUUCUCUGCCAUUCUACAAGCGCAUGCUAAAUAAGAAACUUACUAUUAAGGAUUUGGAAUCUAUUGAUACUGAAUUUUAUAACUCCCUAAUUUGGAUAAGGGACAACAACAUUGAAGAAUGUAACUUAGAAAUGUACUUCUGUGUUGACAUGGAGCUUUUGGGGAAAGUUACUUCCCAUGAGCUGAAAUCAGGAGGUUCAAAUAUUUUGGUAACGGAGGAGAACAAAGAAGAAUAUAUUGGCCUGAUGGCAGAGUGGCGCUUUUCUCGGGGAGUAAGAGACCAAACCAAAGCUUUCCUUGAUGGUUUCAAUGAAGUUGUUCCCCUACAGUGGCUACAGUAUUUUGAUGAAAAGGAGUUGGAGGUUAUGCUCUGUGGCAUGCAAGAAGUUGAUUUAGCAGACUGGCAAAGGAACACUGUUUAUCGUCAUUACACCAGAAAUAGCAAGCAGAUCAUAUGGUUCUGGCAGUUUGUAAAAGAGACAGACAACGAGGUUCGCAUGCGACUGUUGCAGUUUGUCACUGGUACUUGCCGAUUACCACUGGGAGGAUUUGCUGAGCUCAUGGGAAGUAAUGGCCCUCAGAAAUUCUGCAUUGAAAAAGUUGGCAAGGAAACCUGGUUACCAAGAAGUCAUACUUGCUUUAAUCGUUUGGAUCUGCCGCCAUAUAAAAGCUAUGAACAGCUGAAAGAGAAGCUGCUUUUUGCAAUUGAAGAGACAGAAGGAUUUGGUCAAGAGUAGAAGGGGCUUCUGGGCAAAGAGGAGAUCUUGCAUUAGUAAAAGGCCCAGCCAACUAAAAUUGCACAUGUGAUUGUAUAUAAGCUUUUGUUCUGUACAGUGAUCUUUCUGGAACUCUAAAGUAGAAAUGUUCGCCGUUCUUCCACAGAGAUAUGCAAAACAGUUCAGCCUUUUCUACUUUAUUUAUUGCCCCUUCAAAAGACCAGGAAAAAAAAUCAAGUUUUGAAAGUGGACAAGAGACUUUAUUUAAACUAUAUAUAUAUAUUAAAAAUAUAUUUGAAUAUAUAUACUGGUGGGCUCUAGUUUUAUAGAGCUUUAAGUGUAUGAAACAUUGCAGCCAUUUAAAAGGGCCUGGAUUGCUUUACCUUGGCUUUAUUAUUCAGAAAAAAUGUGCAGACUGCUCUGUGUUCUCAUUCAUUAAACAUCUCCAAGGUUGUUUUAUUGCAUGGCUGUUCCAAAAGGUGUUAAAGGCUUAGGCCAAACUUAUCUUAAAUAUGUAGAAAAAUGCUGCUGGCUUUUGAGAUGACAGAAUUUCUUCUGUCAGUUUAAUUUUUUCUUAAAUACUUAAAAUAACUGAUAUCCCUCUCCUACAUUUAUGUAGCUAAGGUCAUGAAUAAAGCCUUUAUUACUUGCACAAGAGUAAUGUUCAAUAAGAUGAAUGUGAUUAAUGUUUCAAGCAAUUGGUGCCACUGUUCUGACUUACUGUAGGAGCUGAACAGAGUAUUUUAUUUCAUUGAGCAGCAUUGAAAUUUGUUUACAUAUUACCUUGGAUUAUUACCAAGAGUAUGUUAGGUAAAGAGAAAAGAAUAAAAAACUCACAUGUUCUCUCUUGGUCUGGUGUCUUACAGGUAUUUUUUUUUAAUCUGUGAUGUACUUAAAUUACGUAGGGUAAAUGAUGCAAUUUGAAGAAUAUAUGAAAGAUACGAACUUCUGCUGCUUUUAUAUUCAUGUUCAGUUUUUGUUAUAGAUCUGGAAAACCCAAAUUGAAUGACAGCUACAUAAGCCUUGCACAAUUCAAUACUAAUUUUCUUUUAGUAUUAAAUAUUUUCAUCCCUUUAAGUUUGGAUGUACCCAAAUUUAAAUAUCUGUAUCUAAAUCCUGCCAUUCUUUUACAUAGGCCAGGUUUGUCCUAUGUGCAUAAUAACAUACAAUUUAAUUUUAAAGGUGUUUUAUCAGUAUUGAGGGCAUUUGCUGAACUGCAAAGCUGUUUAACAAAUGAUAAUCUUACUCAUGUGAAUUAUUAAACGCUACUUUUAGCAAACCGUGCUUCCUUAUUACAGAGAACAUUUUGAAUCUUACUACUUGUAUCAUGCUUUCAAUAUUCACUGUAAAUUCCAUUAUAAAUUUAACUUAUACCAAAUUUUGUACACACAAACCUGAUUUCUUAGAAUGUGAUUAAAACAUUUCUGUAACAUAUCUAUUGUAUUGCACUGCUAAAAGUGUACGUGCAGAAAAAUACUGCUAUACCUGUUGUUGUACCUUUUCAAUAUAGCAAUUGAAUUCUGCCAAACUUUAUUUUUCUACAUAUUGGAUUCUUAUGCUUUGUUUUUCAAAAUGCACAACUUAACUGUGGAGCUGUUACCCUGCAACUGGCUUUGAUAAAAGCAGUGAUUCUGAUUGGCUCAGACUGCUUUCCUGUAUAGCAGUUACCCAACAGCAGGACUUUUCAUCACUCAAGUUCUUCUACCAUACUACCUAGAGCUGUUUUCAUCAAAUAUGCAGUACACAAAUACAUUUAAGGUGGAAGUUCACUUAAAUGAUAAUAAAUUCCCUCUGCCAAUAAAAUUGGAGACUGACUUAAGAUGCUGGAAAAUCUAUGUGGUUUGCAUAAGCAACAACUGAAGCAAGCUAAGAAUAGUACAGCUGAACUUCAUUAAUUUGCACUAAUGAAUGCCUGGGUCACCCCACUGCAAACUGCUGGAUCUUGUGAAUCUGUAAGUGAACAAAAUAAAAAAGCAAGGACAGCACAUCA